AUGAAGAUAGCAGGUGAACAACAAUCAGUAGAAAUACCCAUAUUGGGUAAAACUGAUGAAAGAAAGAGAAAAGAAAGGGAGGUAAAUGAAACAAGAACUGGAUGCAAAGCUCAUAUUCGUUUUAAGAAAAAUACAGAAGGUAGAUUUUUUGUUCUUGCACAUAAGUUGGAACAUAAUCAUGAACUGGUAAUAACAGUUCAAAGACAUCAUCUAAGAUCAGAAAGGCAAAUAUCAGCUCCAAUGGAUGAGCUAAUUGAGAGCAUGAUUGAGAGUGGUAUUAAACCAAUGGAUGCUUAUAAUUAUAUAAGCAAUGAAGCUGGAGGAGAAGAAUGUGUAGGUCAUACUAAGAGAGAUCACCUUAAUUAUGUAUCAAGGGUGAAAAUGAGUAUGGUUGAAGGUGGAGACAUGCAAAAUGUAUUAAACACCCUUCAAGAAAGAGUAGAUCAAGAUCCCUCAUUCUUUUAUAGAUUGAAAUUUGGAGAAGAAAAUAAUGUUGUGAGCUAUUUUUGGCGUGACUCCCAAAUGCUUGAAGAUUUCAAAGCUUAUGGUGAUGUUUUAAUCUUCGAUACAACAUAUAGAACAAACAAAUAUGGGUUGAUAUGUGCUCCAUUUGUUGGUAUAAACAAUCACUGGAAAACAACAAUGUUUGGAUGUGCAUUCAUAACUGAUGAAAAGACUGAUACAUUUGUUUGGCUGCUUUCAAUCUUCAAAAAGUCAAUGUGUGGAAUUGAACCAAAAUCAAUCUUCACUGAUCAAGAUCUUGCAAUGAGUAACGCCAUACCAGAGGCCAACAGAACCACUAAACUUUUGGAGUUCUUUCAUAUAUUUGAAGCUACUGUGAGAAGAUGGAGAAGCACUGAAAAGAGUGACAACUUCAGAUGUACUACUGAGAAACCAAAAACAACAACAAAAAUCUUAAAACAUGCUGCUAAAGUUUAUACUCUGAACUUAUACAAGGAUUUUAAGUUGGAAUUUGACACCAGUCUAGGAGCAUAUGCAAAGGAAAAGCCAACUUCAAUGCAAUACGUCAAAUUCUUUGAUGUUUCUCUUGAUGAAGAUUAUAUGCACACCUAUCAAGUCAUAUAUCACUGUCAAAACAAUGAGUUUAUGUGUUCUUGUAUGUGCUUCACAGAGACUGGAUUGAUGUGCUUUCACAUUCUCAAGAUAAUGCAAAUGUAG